AUGACCUCUUGGGAAACAGACUGGGCCACCACACGCACGUGUCUCGAGGCCUCCUGUUGGAAGAGACCGCGCUCGGACUCCAGGUCGUUGAGUUGUGCUUUGAUGGAAUCGAUCUCCUCCCACACCACAGCAGACCUUGGGGAAGGACCAGAGGAGCAGUCGUCGGUGCUCGCGGAGUCCUCGGAAGUGUCACUGCGCUGGUCACCUUUCGCGGAUGCCGCCGAGGCGUAUGAAUCAAUGAUGCCCUGCAGCCUGGUUAUCGACUCAUUCUGCGUCUCCACCAGGCCCUGGUAUGCAGAGAGCUGA